CCCAAGAAUGGGCAAGAUUACUCCAGAAAGUAUUCGUCAGAUUUCCAAAGGUUGUCUGACUGACAAUGCCAACCUUAAUGAUAUUUUGAGUUUACUAAAGUAUUGCAAAAGUCCAAGUCCAGACAUUGCACAUGCAGCAAUUACAUCCCUUCAGUUUGUUUUUUCUAAACUGAUUGCUUCUGGAAUGCUGGAAAAGCGCCAAUCUGACGGAAAAUCUAGUACUGAGCUUGCUACAUGGCUUCGCGAAAAUCGUGCUCAAUAUUUCGAGGUAUUACGAGAAACCAUGUCACACACGGAACCCAGAUUGCAGCUUGUUUCGUUUGAAAAGCAUAUUCAGCUACUUAAAAAUAUUGCUGAGCAUCACAAUGAAUUUCAGAGCAACCUAUUUCUUCCCCUUGUUGAAGUACUAUUGUGUCAAGAAUCCAUAUCAGGGCCACUAUUGGCAAAGGUUGUGCACACUCUCAACAAACAUGAUGAUCUUCGCUUCUUUUUUUUCCGUAGUGCUUCCAAGGUCUUGACUGAUCAGUAUUCGGGGAAAAAAACAGAAUCCACUCCUCUUAUAAACAUUCAAAACGCAUAUACAAUUAUCAGCAAAUUAUCUCCAGCACCAGAUUCUUUUGACUCAAUGAAACUGCUUUGUGAAUAUAAUUUGGCUGAAGGCAAGGAUGAAAAUCCCAACCCGUUUACGCAACCCACCAUUUAUUGUCGCGCCUUUAGUAAUUGCUGGCUUGCAUUCAUGCGACAUUCACUACCUAGAGAGAUUUACAAAAGUUGCCUAGAGUCCCUUCAUCAAAAAAUCAUUCCAUACCUUUCCAAGCCUGUACUUUUGAUGGAUUUCUUAGUUGAUGCUUACAACACGGAUGGAAUUAUUCGCUUACUGGCUCUUAAUGGCAUUUUUACGCUGAUUACUGAGCACAACUUGGACUAUCCUGACUUUUAUGCCAAGCUAUAUGCCUUGUUUGACUCCAAUCUGCUACAUUACAAAUACCGUGCUCGUUUUUUCAGAUUGGCUGAUAUUUUUCUUUCUUCCUCAUACCUUCCAUCAUAUCUGGUUGCAGCAUUUGUCAAACGUAUGGGACGCUUGUGCUUGACAGCUCCGCCUGCAGGAAUCAUUAUGAUCCUUCCUUUUAUUUUUAAUCUAAUGAAAAGACAUCCAUCUUCGAUUCAACUCAUUCAUACGCGACAAGAGAAUUUGGAGCAAAUGUCUGAUCCGUUUGAUUUUACUGAAAUGGAUCCUAGCAAAUGCAAUGCUCAAGAAAGCUAUCUUUGGGAAAUCCAGGCAUUACAGAUGCAUGCUGUUCCUACUGUAUCUGGUUUAGCUCGUGUGUUUCAAGAUUCACUAGCCAAGCCUUUGUAUGAUCUCGAGGAUUUCAUGGAUUAUACAUACAAAUCGAUGGUUGAUUCCGAAGUGAAUCUCAAGAAACGCAAGUUUCUUGAAGAGGAACCUCCAGCAGUCAGUAUUAAAGUGAAUCAAGAGUGGCUCAAUGGCACUCUUUGGGUAGAAGCUUGAAUUAAACAUGUGUUUGCACUGGUUGCAUUGAUAUGCA